AUGACAGACCGUUUACCAGGCAAGUACCUUGAAAGACUUCACACAAAGCCUUGAUUUCACAGCGGUCAUGUCCCUGAAAUUAAAUACUCCUACAGUGUUUCAGGCCUCACACCGUCUCACUAUCCUAUUAAACCAAGAUCAAGGCCUCCAGGUGCUUCAGCUGAAAAAGACCCAAGAACUCCUAAAAAAGUUUUUCCAAACGCUGAUGACCCAAAACCUCCUAUCAAUUUUCGUGAGUUUCGUGAAUACUCUUUUCUUACUCCUUAUUAAAAAAAUAAAAAAUAUUCUUUAAAUAAAUAAUUUAUAUUAAAACCAAUUUUUUUAAAAAAUUCAUAAAAAUAAAUUUUUAGAUAUAAAAAUUAGAGAAAAUGAAGUAAUUGUAACUAUCGAGCAUUGUGACAACUGUGAAUCACACUUAGAGACAACAAGGCAUGACCCUGCGAAAUAUUCAAGUUUUGCACAAUCUAUCAAAGCAGGAGUCUUAUCGAGAUUCCCAAUGGUAAAAGUCCUUAUAAAGCCAAUCUCAAAAUGUGAUGAAAAUACAACAAAUCAAAGAAUGGGAGCUUUUGAGGUGCAAAUCUGCAGUAAAAUAAAAGGGAUUAUUAAAAAAGAUUCACUUCACUCAAAACUUGCGACUAGAAAGUGGCCUGAUAUCAGAGAAGUCAUAGGGAAAAUGGCAAGUUACUUGCCAACUUGUCAGUUAUUUGUGACUAUUUAUGAUUACAGUGACCAAGAAAAAAUUCUUAAAAGUUAUUAAGUUUCUGACCAUUGUCUUGGCUUCAUUGGGAUGGAUCUCCACAUAUACUCCUGAAUGUGUAAUGGUAUUUAGCCAUAUCCUUUUGAAUUUCGCCAACAACUAACCGCCCCAGAAAUUAACCCUCUAGGGCAGAGCCAUCUUUAGAGAGUUUUUGAUGAUAUAGGAAAAUCGGUCUAUCCUAAGCAGAAACAAAGCUAAGGACCUUCUGUAGCGAAGAUGGUCACCUUAGUCCCUCAGAACUGCCUGAAAAAAGCCUAGGUAUCUUCUUCAGUCAUCGUUUUUUUUAAAUUCUUAAAAGGAAUCAAAGUAAUCGUCAGACCUAAAGCACUCCCGAUAGCAAUCCCAUCAAGAUCAAGGCCAAAAAGCGCCAACUUUUCCACCAUUCGGCCUCAAUCAGCAGGGGGUGCAUCUGUCAGAUUUUCCUCAAGAAAAAAUUCUCGGCCUACCUCUCACAUCAGUUCUAAGCCCAAACCUUCUGAAUCUAUAUCCUACGAAAGAACUACAGACCGUGACGGUUCCUGCUUAUUUGCCAAUAUUCCUCUGGACAUCUACGAAAUUGAGGUGGUCGAAACCAAAGAAUUCAAAGGCGCCACCAAGCUUUUCAAUACUUUUGAAGAGCCUUUACAAAAUUCUAGCCUAAAUGUAUAUAUAGCUGUCCAGUCAAGAGAAAUUUCUUCUAUAAAAAUCGUGCUAAAAGACCCAGAACUGAGGACAGAAAUUGCAGGGGCAAUGGUCAGGAUUUCUAGAGGGACUGGAGAAAUGUACUUUGUGCCAGAAAUGAAUAGAGGGGUAUAUGAGCUAUCAAUUCCUAAAGGAAAUUAUGAUUUAAGCAUCCAAGCAGAAGGGUAUCAAGAAAUCGUCAAAAGUUUGCAGGCAAAUCAGGCUGAAAUUGUGCUGACAGAGCUUAUGAGAUCGAGAGAAAGCAGAGAAGUCCAGGUCAUGACUUAUGAUGGGCUAAGUGGGGAGCCUUUAGGGUCAGUUUAUUUAGAGCUAAAAAUUAAUCAAAAUAGCUCACCUUUGGAAGGCUUGGCCAAGCAAGGGACUUAUACGUAUAUUCUAGAUGAAGUAGGGAUAUUUACGAUAUUAGCUUCAAAACAGGGAUAUAUGGAUGCUACAGUCACUCUGAAGGUGGCCACAAAAGGAAAUACAUUCAGCAAGUUUAUUUUAUCAAAAAUAUUAAUUAUUUUUAAAAAAAAUCAUAUAUAAGCUUAUGAAUUAUACUAUAAUUGCAAUAGGAUUAAUCCCAAUGCCAAGACCAGAGCUUUCUUAUAUAGUAUUUUCAUGGACUCGCUGCAGCGACGAUUUAGAAAUUGAGGCUAUAGGAGACAAUAUACUUUUAUCUUUGCGGUCACCUAAUGGAAAAGGCUGCCAAUUUAUUGAUAUGCUAAAAUCUCAUGGAAUCGCGACUAUUUGUCUGACCCCAGAAUGUGAUAAUUUAAGAAUUGUCGCCAAAUUGCUAUCAAAAGAGUUGCUAGAAGGAAAAGAUAAUGAUAAGUCGCCAUUAUUAAGUUCUGGGUUUAGCGUGAAUUAUUAUACAAAGCAGAGACAAGAGUCUAAUAUAAUACCAAGCCAUGGCAGAGGAGGCUGGUGGGAUAUUGGAGUUUAUCCUAUGUUUUUUGUAUUUAAAAAUAAAUGAUUUUAUUAUAAAAAUAAUUGAAAAAUAUAUGAAAAAGAAUAUAUGAAAGAAAAAAGUGAUUUUAUAGAAACCAAUGUAAUUUCUGAUGAAAAACUUACACAUUGGGGAGACUUUUUUUCUGCAUUUUAUGAAAUCAUAAACUUAGCUCAGAGCUCUGAUUCGAUACCUGCAGUUUUUGGAUUUGACCAAAGUGGAGUCACAAAGCAGACGGAAUAUGGAAGAGAUAAAUUUGUGUCACCUGAAAUUGUUAGGAAAAUUUUGGCAUCAGUGUGCAAUGAAGACGAGCUUCAAUAUGCAAUGAAAAGUUUAAUCACACCUAAUGGAGUCAGUUUGGCACAGAUUAAAAAAAGAUAUGAAAAAAAUAGAAAAUUCCAGCUGCAAAAACUGUCAAGAUUUCAAUCAAUUGAUACGUAUGCCAGAUUUCUAGGGAUGGAUCCAAUUGAAGAUAAAGAGUACUAUUGGAUUGCAGAAGAAGCUUUGCAUUCAAAUUUGCCUGAAGGAUGGGAAGUUUUAGUUGAUAAUAAAGGAUCAAUUAAAUAUAGACAUAGCCCAUCUGGACAGAUAACCUCAGACCAUCCAAAUCCUAAGGACGAAUUUUAUAGAAAUAAAUUUUUGGAAGAAAAACAAAAAGCUUCUAAAGAAAUAUGGUAAAUUAUACUGAAUUAGGACUGAUAAACCUUUAAGCAGCCCUAAUGCCCUAGCUUUAGUUAAUAAAUAUAGAAAUUAGCAGCAAAGAAAUAUCAAAAGCUUCAGAAGAAAGGCCAAGUUCUAUUGAAAGGUCCAGAUCUGAAGAAAGAAAAUCAAGCCAUGAAGAAAAACACUCAAGCAGCAGUGGUGAAGAAGGAGAAGGAAAUGUCCAAGAAUUCAUGGAGGUUGUUAACAAGCAGUGUAAAGAAUUAACUGAGCUCGUAGAAGAAAAAAUGAAUCAAGCUGUUCAGGCAGGAAUUGACAUCGAUAUUGAGACUAAAGGAGCUUUAUUAGAAAAAAUUGUAGAAUAUGCAGAAAAUUUAGAAAAAUUAAAAUCAGAAAUUGAUGAUAAAGAAGCCUUGGAUUUUGUGAAUAAUUGGAUUUUGGCAUUUGGAAAAAUGCAUAGAAGUUUGAUGGAGUUUCAUGUAGAAGUAAGAGCUGUGGAAGAAAGCAAGGAAGAAGUAAAGAAAGACAAAAAAGACAAAAAGGAUAAAAAGGAUAAAAAAGACAAGAAAGACAAAAAAGAUAAAAAAGAUAAGAAGGACAAAAACGAUAAAAAAGAUAAAAAAGACAAAAUAGACAAAAAAGAUAAAAAAGAAAAGAAAGAGAAAAAGAAAGAAAAAAAGAAAGAUAAGAAGAAGCAUAGCAGAAGUUCUAGUAGCUCUAGUAGCUCUAGCAGCUCUAGUAGUUCAAGUAGCUCAAGCAGCUCUAAAUCUAAUUCUCCUAAAGAAGAAUCUCGAUAUGAAAAUGAGCAGUUUGAUGAAAGCUACAAUGAAGAGAGAUCUGUUUAG